AAGCAUGCAAAGAAUUGUGGUCUCAUUUGACAAAGGCUUCUUCUUCGCUCACUUAACGGAUAAAUAAACCAUGGAUAGGGAAUUCGACAAGCAACAUAUAUGGCAUCAGUACUCCUCACUGACCAAUCCGAUACCGACGUACCCUGUCAGCAAGGCCAAGGGUGCCAAGGUCUAUCUUGAAGAUGGAACUGAACUGAUUGAUGGUAUGUCAUCCUGGUGGAAUCAGAUCCAUGGGUAUAACAACGACGAGCUAAACCAGGCAAUGUACGACCAGAUUCCAAAGUUCACUCACUUCAUGUUCGCCGGUGUGUCCCAUGAGCCGGCAAUUGCACUCUCCAAGAAGUUGAUUGAAAUGACGCCUGACGAGCUGGACAACGUCUUCUUUGCUGACUCUGGAUCAGUUGCUGUUGAGGUUGGCUUGAAGCUUUCACAUCUGUACUGGGCGGGUAAACGUGAGAUGGGCCAGACGGACAAGCCAAAGCACAGGUUCUUGACCAUCAACUAUGGUUAUCAUGGCGAUACCUUUGGCGCAAUGUCCGUCUGUGAUCCUGUGAACUCAAUGCACAGGAACUACAGUGGGUAUCUGACAAAGAACUUCUUUGUCGAGGCUCCACAGUCCAGGUUUGACGGUGAGUUUGACCCUAAUGACGUUGAGCCACUUCGUAAAGCACUCGAGCAGAACCAUGAGUCCAUCGCAGCUGUUAUUAUGGAGCCCAUAGUACAAGGUGCCAGUGGUAUGAGAAUCUAUCACCCAGAAUACUUGAGACAAGUGCGUAAACUGUGUGACGAGUUUGACUGCUUGAUGGUGCUAGAUGAGAUUGCUACAGGUUUUGGGAGAACAGGCAAGCUAUUUGCCUGUGAGCACGCCGGUAUUGUCCCUGAUAUCAUGCUAUGUGGCAAGGGGCUUACAGGUGGUUAUCUACCACUCGCUGCAGUCUUGAUGAAGCGUCACGUCGCUGAAUGGGUCUGUGAGAACCCAUCAAAGAGGUUCUUCCAUGGUCCCACAUACAUGGCACAUGCCUUGGCAUGUGCUGUUGGUGAUAAAUCUUUGGAGAUACUACAAAGAGGUGAAUGGAGGUCCCAGGUUGCAAAGAUUGCAAAGAUCUUCAAGGAGGAACUCUUUGACAAGUUACAAGGUUUGGCCAUCGUGGAGGAUCUUAGAGGGCUAGGAGCGAUCGCAGUAAUCCAGCUUGUUAAGCCUUUUGAAACUGAACAACUCCAGGCGUUAUUUGUCAAGCAAGGACUGUGGGUUAGGCCAUUUGGCAAGUUAAUCUAUCUUCUUCCACCGUUUGUCAUUGAAGAACAAGACAUGUACAAACUAUGCAGAGGAACCGUCAAUGUCGUUAAAAGCUUGAAACUGUGAGGAUGAAUGCACAUAAAGCAAGUAACAAUGUAGACGUUGCCGAGAUGAACUGUUGAUUGGACAGUCCUUACGCGUAUUUUUGU